UGAGUCGGUGUAUAAAUGUGGAAGUUUAGGCAGGUAUGAAAUAUGUAAGUACAUAAGAAUUGUUGUCUACAUAUGUAAAAGUCCCCCAUUUUUUUUCAAAUGCAGGCUCCUUAUUUUCUUUAUUCUGAGAAUUAUGAUAGCCGAGCUAAAUUUUUCUUCAGGUAGCGUAUUAAGUGGCGGGGGGAGUGUGCCUGCUCCCCAGGCAUCGGCAGAGGCUUGGGUGAAUAUGGUAAAUGAUUUUCAGAAGGGUGCUUUGUCAACACGUCUUGGAAUUCCAAUGUUAUAUGGAAUUGAUGCAAUUCAUGGCCAUAACAAUGUUUACAACGCAACUAUAUUUCCUCACAAUAUUGCCCUUGGUGCUACUAGGGAUCCUGAACUUGUGAAGCGGAUUGGUGCAGCAACUGCUCUUGAAGUGAGGGCUACAGGCAUUCCUUACACAUUUGCUCCAUGCAUUGCAGUUUGUAGAGAUCCUAGAUGGGGUAGGUGUUUUGAAAGCUAUAGUGAAGACCACAAAAUUGUCCAAGCAAUGACUGAGAUAAUAACUGGUCUACAAGGAGAUGUCCCUGCAAACUAUAGAAAGGGCACUCCCUAUGUUUCUAAAAAUGACAAGGUUGCGGCCUGCGCCAAGCACUUUGUUGGCGAUGGUGGGACUCAAAAGGGUAUUAAUGAGAACAAUACCCUCAUCAAUCGCCCGGGAUUAUUAAGUAUCCACAUGCCCGCAUACUAUAGCUCGAUCGUCAGAGGUGUUUCGACAAUCAUGGUGUCGUACUCUAGCUGGAAUGGGGUUAAAAUGCAUGCUAAUCAUGAUAUG